AAGCAGGGGACGAGACAAGGGCCCUCCUGCGAUCACCUCCGCCAUUAGUCAAUUGAGAGAUUGGCGUGGCGAGCGUGCAGAGCUGCAGUCGCGCAGAAACCUCGCGGGCCCGUGCCAGCGCCCAGGACACCUGGACUUCACCUCUUCCCGCCAAUAAGAACCUAUCAAAAUGUUCUUCCUUAGAGCUAAAAUUCUCUUAGGAUUGUUCUUAGUAUUCUGGUUUAUAAUCGAGCCAGCAAGUGCGCGUCGUGGACGUUCUAGAGGUAGAACGAAAUCCAAGGUGCAAAUUGGCUUACCUAUUACUGGGAAAUAUAGAGACCCGGAAUCCGAUCAAUAUUACAACAACAACGAUGGAGCCAAGAUCCUACUGGCUUCGCACUUCGAUCUUGAGUACGUGUUGGGCCACAAGAUCGCCUUCCUCUGCAUUGCCAAGGGCUCACCGCGUCCUCACAUCACUUGGUUCAAAGACGGCGUCGAAAUAUUUGCUCAUCAUUAUCUUCAUAUUCACGAGUGGCCGAUCGGCGAGGACCGCGUCAAGUCCAAGAUCGAGAUUGACCCGGCCACGCAGAUGGACGCCGGCGUGUACGAGUGCACGGCGGACAACAUGUACUCCAUCGACCGCCGCUCCUUCAAGACUGACUUCUCCAUUGCCUUUGACUAGACGUGCUACUGACGCCUGACCUGUGUCUUGCGGUGCACCGUGCACUGCAUUUAUCGUGCCGCUUACGAACAAAAC